AUGGACAGGAAACUGGCUUCCAUUCUGGUUCUGCUGCUGUGUCUGUCUCAGGCCCUGUCCCAAAUGGACCAGGAUAUGUCCAGUCCAGAGGAAAUGGAUGAGGCAGUUGACAUCUCCUCAAGAAUCCUGGACGCAAACAGAGGGAUCUCCCGGACUCUGAUGGAGGGAGAUGUGGCCAUGCCGAGGUCCAGGAACGCCAUGAAAUGCUACUCCUUCUACGACUGCAGGUGGGAAAAGUCGCCCACGGGACUUGUGGAAGUGCCGUACAACAUUAACGACUACUUCCUUUCACAUGAGAAGGUUACUAUUGAGAAGGCCAUGAACACCUUCCAUGAGAAGACCUGCAUUCGGUUUGUGCCUUACACCACUCAAGUGCACCACCUGAGCAUUGAGUCUAAGAGCGGGUGCUACUCAUCCGUCGGUAGGACUGGUGGCAAACAGACCGUUUCCCUGAACGCCUACCGGUGCCUUUACCCCGGGGUCAUUCAGCACGAGCUUCUUCACGCCCUCGGCUUCCACCACGAGCACACCAGGAGCGACCGGGACAAGUAUAUCAGAAUCAACUGGGAGCAUGUCCCAAACGGCGCUUCCAGUAACUUUGCUAAAAGGGACACUAAUAAUCUGAACACAACGUAUGACUACAGCUCACUCAUGCAUUACGGAAAAUACUCCUUUACCUCGUCUUUCGGCAAGGCUACCAUCAUCCCGAUUCCUGACCCCGAAGUCACAAUUGGACAGAGGACUGACCUGUCGGAGACGGACAUUUUUAAGCUCAACAAGAUAUACAAGUGCGAUGAACAGUAAAUCAAUGAGUGCAGAAACUGAGAACUGGGGCUGCCGAAGGCUGAGUUGACAUGUAUGUUUUUUUUUAUUAUUUAAUUUUAUAAUUUUUUUUAAAUUUAAAUUCAGAAUAUGAAAUGUAUUUAAGAGGUGUAUUAGAACAGGGGCUUUGGGAUUACUGGGGAUACAUGAUGUUAUAGACUGCCUGUCAGUGAGUUAUUCUGUCUGUUGGAAAAUAAUAAUGAUAAUAAUAAAAGAAAUUUAAUUUUCACUUUUCAAAAGGUUCGGGUAGUUAUGUUCAUCUGUCUGACUGUGAGCCUUUUCUAACAGCACAGAAAUGGAAGGGCAAGUAUUGAUUUGUGGUGUACCAAAUAGGACGUUACAGACCCUAUUUUUCAAUACUUUGUACAUCACAGCUGAACACACAAAAGAACAUGAGUACACAAAAGUACAUGUCUUAAAUGUAAACCCAGAUUAUCCACAAGAUGGCGCUCAAGACCAAAAAAAAAAAAAUCACAUAUAAAAAUCAGUCUGGAGUCAGAGAUUACAUUACAAAACCUGUAAAUGUUUAUUUUUUUUUCUUAAAAUCCAGAGCUGCAAGACAGGUCAGAAGAUGUCAGUUUUGGUAUUCUGGUAAUUUCUCUUAAGACAAUGGAGACG